CAACUUGACUUCGCUCCGCUGUGCAUGUCCAGUUCCACCGCUGCGAAGCCGUCGUUAACCGGUGUCAGAAUCAAAGCCCGAAAGGGAGCUGUCAAGGCCCAAGCAAAGCACGAGCCCAGUGUUUUUAGAGACCAACUCUAUAAACAUCUCGAGACUGUACCAGAAAACGACUUUGAUUCGUUCACUACCAAGCUAGUCCAAGCAGGAUCCACUCUAGAAUACCUCAAAUAUGCAGAUGCCCUUUUCGAGAUCGUCCUCGUCGGUGGUCUUUUGCAGCCAGGUGGCAGUUACGUCGAUGAUGGCGCACCCGUAUCGCCCUUCACAAUCUUCAAUGCGAAGGAGCCAGCUGAGGUGGACGACCUAAAGAAAUACGUUGAGGUUUUGAACAAGUUGAUCCGGAGAUACAAAUAUCUUCAGAAGCCACUUGAGGAGUCAUCGUUACCGACUCUCCUCCAAUAUGUCCAUCGUUGGUCUCCCGCUCAGAAGGACAAACUGGCCUAUACUACUGGCCUGCUUCUCUCUCAAGGUCUUGCCAAUGCGUCGUGUCUGCAGAGUCUUACCAAAGAUCAUCUCAUCAAAGACUCUUUAUCGGUCUCCGUUGUCACUUUGAUUUUCAAGGCAUACCUUGUCGAUCAGUCUAUGGAUCACCUUGCAGGCACUCUCAAGCGCGGGGGAAUCAAAGAUCUUUUGUUGUUUUUCCCUCCGAAUAAGCGCACCAACCAAGAGCUCGAAGAGCACUUCAAGAAAGCCGGUCUCGUGAACGUUGCAGAGUGGUGGGCUAAGCGCCAAUCAGCAGUCAUCAAAGACAGCAUUAUCAAAGACCUCCGCGAGUCGCUCGAACGCGAAGAUACUCCGGAACAGAUUGUCGCGUCCAUCAAGGCUCGUCAAGAAGAGUCGCCUCUUGCUGAAACGGAGCUUGUUUCGUGUAUUUGGCAGGGCCUCAUGGCUUCGGUAGACUGGAGCGCGCGGCCGGACCAGAUCGAAGGUCUGGCUUUGCGAGAAGUCGGCAAAUAUACCCCCAUCAUCCAACCCUUCUGCAACGGUGCAAAGACCGAAGUCGCGCUGAUCAACGUAGUUCAAGUGUAUUGUUAUGAAGACACACGCAUCAUCAAAGCCUUUCCGCAAAUUCUCAAAGUUCUGUAUAAUAAGGACUGUAUCUCCGACCAAGCAAUCAUAUACUGGCAUCAGAAAGGCUCCAAGCCUCAGGGCAGGCAGCAUUUCCUCAAGAGCACAGAGGCCCUCGUCAAAUACCUGCAGGAGCAGGAGGACGACAGUGACGAAGACGAAGACGAAUAA